AGAACUUUAGUCCAGAUCGGAGUCCCUUCUUCAUGUGGUGAGGCACAGAAGGAGGAGUGAGUGUCUCCUCUGGGCCUCCGUAGAGCAGAGCUCCUCCCUGCCUCUGAGAGAAUCCAUGAUGCUGAACUUUAAACACAGAUGAUGACCUAUGAUGAUGAUCCUGUCUUCUCCCUGGUGGACCCUCGGAGGGUUUCUGUGGGUGUGAACUGGAUCUGCUGACAGAAACCACCACCGUUCCUAGUAGAUGCAGAUUGCGCGCUCCCGCGAGCCGUACGCGCUUUUCGUCGAGUAGCAGAAGUCAGCGUAACACCUGGUCUGAGAGUCGUUACUGAGGCUGCGCAGUAGGAAGCCACUACACUUUCUCAACAUUUCGGUAUGCAACGCCCCAAAGUCCGGGAGGAACCACAGUCGAGCUGCUGCGACCUCCACCCGGGACUCAUCUGCCCCACAGUCCGGGACCCAGAACCGUGGAUCUAUAACCGAGUUUCCUCCACAGCGAGGGGGAUCUAACGCGGAGCCGGACCCUCACAAAGGCCGUGAUUGGAGGGGCUCUCCGUGUGAGGAGCAAAACCCGAACCACACAAAGCUCCACACUGAGGCCUGUCCUCUCUGCGGGCUCUCAGCAUCACAUCCCGGGUCUGAGCUCCGAGCAGCGGGGACCGAGCUCUGCUUCCCCGCCCGGACACGCGAGCAGCUCGGAUGUCUGCAGGAGGAUGUGUCGGUCUCUGCCGGCGCUAGCUGCGCCUCGGCUCCAUGGCCAGCAGUAGCACCAUGAUCCUGGCCUCGGCCGUGGUGGUGUGGGAAUGGAUGAACGAGCAUGGCCGCUGGAGGCCUUACAGCCCCGCCGUCUCCCACCAGAUCGAGGCGGCCAUCCGGAGCAGCGACCCCCGAGGAGGGAGCGUGGUCCUCGGCCAGGUGGACAGCCGGCUCUCGCCCUACAUCAUAGAUCUCCAGUCCAUGCACCAGUUCCGCCAGGACACAGGAACCAUCCGCCCGGUGCGCAGGACUUUCUAUGACCCGGCCUCGGCCCCGGGUCAGGGCUGGCAGUGGGAGUGGGAGAACGAUGCGGGUUCGUGGACGCCCUACGACAUGGAGGUCGGCAUCGCCAUCGAGAGCGCCCACAGCCGGCAGCAGCCCGGCCUGGACCUGACUCCUCUGGGCUUCUGCUACCUGAUCGACUUUCAGAACAUGACGCAGGUGAACAGACAGAGUCAGAGAUGCCGCAGGCUGCAGCGGCGUGCUGACCUGGCUUACCCUCUGGUGUCCGGUCCUCUCCCGCUGCCUAAAGGUGGAGGUGUGGGAGCAGGUGGAGGUCUGACAGGAGCCCUACUGGGUGUUGGGGUCUCAGGGAGCAGCAUGGGGAUGGGGGGUGCCCUCUACCCUAACGGGGGCUUACCGGUGACCGGACUGGGCCAGCCGUGCUCCUGCCAGCAGUGCCUGCUGGUCCUGAGUGUGAAGGCUAACACCGGGGGUCUGGGUGGAGGGGGCGUAGGGAUCCAGACUUUAGGGAGACGGUCUCUGACCAUGCAGCGUCCCAAGACCUCUGCGUCCUUCUCCUCAAAACCUCUGAGUCCGUCCAAGUCAGCCACUCUGGGCCGAGGUCAGCAGCUGAACUCCAACGCCAACUCCAACUACUACCAGACGCUGCCGCACGGCCUCGCCAUCUCCAGGAACGUCUCCUCCCCGAGAAGGAAUGCCCAGCUGUUCGCUCAGUCGCUCGCCGCUCUCACCGCCGGCACGUCCACUCUGGGCAUCUCCAUGACUUCAAACAGGCCGCCACCGCCGUCCCUCCCUCCUCCUCAGCCCCCCACAUCCAAUCAGAACCCUCCAUCCAUCCCCCCAAAACUGUCCUCAUUAUCAUCAGCUGGCGACGUGGUGCCAACCGCCACCUUAGUUUCGCCCGCCAACAAUGUGACCACGCCCCCUUCUCCAGUGCCCUCCCCCUCGCCUGUAGUGAUGAAGCCGCAGCGCAGCGUUUCGUCUGCAGCGUCCGUAUGCCACGCCCCCCUGCCGCAGAGGUCCAGCCUUGCCGGGCUGAGCCGGCCGGCACUCCAGAGGAUCGCCAUGGCUCAGUCCAGAGCGCUCAUAGCAUCAGGGGUACCCACCGUCCCCGUGAAGAACCUGAACGGAUCCAGCCCCGUUCAUCCCGCCCUUGCUGGUAUCACAGGUAUCCUGAUGAGCGCUGCUGCUCUGCCCGUGUGUCUGACCCGGCCUCCCAAACUCGUGCUUCACCCGCCGCCCGUCAGCAAGAGUGACAUCAAACCCGUGCCGGGCUUCGGCCACUGCUGCAGGAAGACCACCAAGAAGCAGGCCCGCAAGGGCAAGACUCCAGAGGAGGUGGUGAAGAAGUACCUGCAGAAAGUCAAGAGUCCCCCGGAGGAGGACUGCACCAUCUGCAUGGAGCCGUUGGGGGGUCCGUCCGGGUACAAGGGUCCGGGGGUGGGGCCUGUGUCCAGGGCGGAGUCUGUGGGGCGGCUGGCACAGUGCGGACACCAGUACCACUUCCAGUGUCUGGUGGCCAUGUAUAACAACGGCAACAAGGACGGCAGUCUGCAGUGUCCCACCUGUAAGACCAUCUACGGCGUGAAGACGGGCAACCAGCCGGCAGGAAAGAUGGAGUACCACGUCAUCCCUCACUCUCUGCCUGGGCACCCCGACUGCAAAACCGCACGCAUCAUCUACAACAUCCCACCAGGCAUUCAGGGACCAGAGCACCCCAACCCCGGGAAGCCCUUCACUGCCAGAGGCUUCCCCCGACACUGCUACCUCCCCGACAGCGAGAAAGGACGCAAGGUACUGAGACUGCUCCUGGUCGCCUGGGACCGCAGGCUGAUCUUCUCAGUUGGUACAUCGAGCACGACAGGAGAGUCUGACACCGUCAUCUGGAACGAGGUCCACCAUAAAACGGAGUUCGGCUCCAACCUGACAGGCCACGGCUUCCCCGACCCCGGACACCUGGACAACGUGCUGGAGGAGCUCCGCGCUCAGGGCAUCACAGAGGACGACGCACUGAUGGAGAAGUGAGAGAACGAGCAGAGACGGAGGACACGGAGAAGAGGAGGAGCAGGAGGAAUCAGGGAGGAGGAAGAGGAGGUCCUGGACUGAGACACUCCCUCUCUCUCUGCCAGCACUUACACUUCACUGCAGCACGGGGACUUUUGGGUUAGAUGAUUUAGUCCUGCAGGGGCCCCCACGCUUAAGAUGUGGAUCAGGUCACUGCAGGCAGGAGGAGGAGGAGGAGGAGGAGGAGGAGGAGGAGGGUCACACUCUACAGCUAGGUACUAACUGAAGACGUGAGAAUGAACAGGUACUAACAUUUAGGACAAAACAAGUUAACUUUACUGAGAGGAAGAGUAACAAGACGGGAAAGGUUAGAGCAGAUCUGUGAGGAAGAAGAGAGGAUGAAGAGGGGAAGAGAGAGGAGGGGAGGGGGAGGAGAGGGGGAGUGGAGGAAGAGAGGAGGAGAGGAAGGAUGGAGAGAUGGAGUCUGAAUGUAGCGUAGGACAGGAGUAGAGUUAAACUAACUUGUUGAGAGAAGAGGAGGAGGAAGAGGUGGAGGAGGAGGAGGAGGAGGAGGAGGAAGAGGAGGAGGAGUAGAAGUAGAAGGAGGAGUAGAAGAAGGAGGAGGAGGAGGAGGAGGAGGAAGAGGAGGAGGAGGAGGAGGAGGAGGAGGAGGAGGAGCCUGACUGUGAGCUUAUAGCUGGACUGGGGUGCUGCUGCUCCCUCUUGUGGUGACUCUGAUCAACUACACAUUGCCUGGAGUUGCUGGAGUUUGAGUCUGGGUUCCUCUGACCCUCAUGUCGUUCCUCUCCUCCUCUCCUCCUGGCGCCCUUUGAGCCGUCUGAUGAGGACUCAGAGGGAAAGGACUAAAGACCAGACUCAGCGAGGCCUCGGCCUGUGCAGAGUCUGACUAUUGAGCCGCUGUGGUACGAGCUAACCUUAGACACACAGGUACCAGAGUUUACUGCGAUAGAGACGUUGUACACACACACACACACACGUACACUCACACACACACACACACACACACACACACACACUGACGAUGAUAGUAGAGCUGAACUCAGAGCCCUGCAGAUCCACCAGGCAGCGUGUCCAGAGGAGGACCAGGACCAGGACCAGGACCCUCAAACAGCAUGUUACAGUGAGGAAGAUCAGCAGGAUGAAAACAUGAUGUCAGAUUCUCAGACUAAAGACACACUUAGUAACCAUCAAGGAACCAGGUCUGUCAGAGUCUUGUUCUACAGACUGGACUCAAGUCUGUCAGAGUCCUGUUCUUCAGACCGGACUCGGGUCUGUUAAUCGAUCAGUGAUUGGUUCAUCAAUAAGAACAGAAAGUAUCAGUUUGGUCAUACAUGAUGAUGAUGAUGAUGAUGAUGAUGAUGACACACUGCCCGGUCUCUGAGUCUGUAAUGACCCUGCGUCCACACCUGUGAGAGAGAGAGAGAGAGAGAGAGAGAGAGUGUGUGUUUGUGUGAGUGUGAGAGUGUGUGUGCGUGCUCUGCGGCGUCCCUUCACAGGACGUCCUCUUGUGCUCUAACUUUUUACCUUUUAUAUAAAUAGUCGGUCUCUUCUUUGUUUUAGCGUUUCUUUAUUUUAGAGUAAUCUCGUCUUUUUCUACGCGUUCUUUGAUUUCAUGUGUUUUCAGUCUCGUCUUCACGGUGUGCAGACGUGAAGCUGUGAUCACGUCUUCUCUCUGAGAAGGAAUCUGAUGGUAGACUUUUAUCUGAGUGUGAAAUCUGACGAAUUUGAACUGCGAGUAAAAACUCGUGAUUUUAUCUGUAACGUUAAGAUUCAUGUUCUAGCUGCGGUCUGACCCGAUGCCCGAUGAUCGAUUCUCUGUGAUCGACUCUCUGUGUUCAACGCCCUGUGAUCAACUCUGUGAUCGACUCCCUGAGAUCUACGCUCUGUGAUCAACACUCUGUGAUCAACUCUGUGAUCGACUUUCUAUGAUCGACUCCCUGAGAUCGACACUCUGUGUUCAAUGCUCUGUGAUCGACUCUCUAUGAUCGUCGCUCUGUGAUCGACUCCCUGAGAUCGACUCCCUGAAAGGAGUGAUGAGAGGAAACAUGACAGGAGGACGUUUAGUUUGCUCUCUCUAAACCGUAAAAGAGAGGGAGGAGAGUUGUGGAGACAACUUGUGGGAGGAAAAUAAAAAAUCUGACCUUCUUUAAACUGAACUCAGAUUCUGAGAGCAGUAAGAAACACCUGUUUGACUUCACCUAGCUGAACACAACACCUGACUUAUCUCUAUACUUCUCUUUGAUUUAGACUUCUGAACUUUAAAACAUUUGAUAUCUACACUGAAACUUUUAUUCUCAACAUUUCAAUCUGAGUUUAUUCAUUUUUAUUUCAUCCUCACACUUUACCUCCACUCUCUCCCUCGUCCUCCCUCGUCCCUUACUUUAUACGUUUUCUUUGUGGUCCAGAAUGAAGAACAUAUUCCUCCCCUGGGUUACAAGUUGCUCACGUUCAGCAGCAGGGUCAAAGGUCAGACCGCAGAGUGAAAAUGAGUCUUUUAAACCUUGUUAAUGUUACAGAGUCACUUCUCUCUGGUGUUGUCAGUCUGCACAGCGAUGAGGGGAACAGAUUUUGUACGAUCAGUAAGUCACUUGUGUCGAUUUUUGAUUUGUCUCGUGGUCAUGAAAUAAGUUUUGAGGCAUUAAAUGAGAAAAUGUAUGAAAAGGUAAAUCUAGUCUUAUUCCUCUUUAUUUUCUGACUUUGGUUCACCGGCUCUGAGUUUGUUACUCUGAGGUGAAAUCCGUAAAACAUGGACCUUUUGAUCUAAAGGUGUGAUCCAUGUUUUUCAGCUGGAGGCUGUGAUGUAGCAAACAGCCUCUUUCAAUGUUUCCCAUCAGCAGCUCUCAUCCCUCCUGAAGGCAAUACUUCAAACCGCUGUCUGUGGGGACGGCCCCGCAAGGCCAUCUUUGGGGGCGAGCCCUGUCAGUGUGAGGGAGGGAGACAGGUGAACAUAGGUGCUGGUACUGAAGAGAAAGCUUCAAAGCAAAGUGUAAAUACUGCAUCAAUAACUGCUGGAGUAUGAGUGAUUAAUACAAGAAAAUAAAGAAUGAGUCUUAAAAACGA